GUUCUUCUCCAGUUCCGGAUCUUGAGCAGAGCAUGUUCAUCGCCCAGGAAGCAGAGAAACCACUCACCUUGAAGACCCCAGCGCACGCCACAGGCGUCUUCAAGAGCCUGGAGACCCCAGAUACCGUUCGUCGUCGGCUGAACAAGCCAUUGAACGUUGGAAUGCCGUCUCGUCAUCUAUCCGGUCUUGGACGUGAGGUGGAGUCGCCGUACGCAGAUUCCGACGAUGAACAGGAUCCGUAUUUCAGGGGCCAGCCACGAGAAUCUCAUGGGUUCUCUCGUCGUCAGUCAAUGGCCUCGGCUUCGCCCAGCAUGCCUUCUCACGUGAAGCCGGUCUCUGGUGCAGAAUCGCGUCGAGAGUCUAUGAGCGCCAUUUCGCCUCACCCAGGACCUGUGAGCGAGGUGGAGCAUGACGAAGAACUCGAGGAGAAGCUUGAGGACAGUGAGGACAUGGGCGUAGCGGGUAUGUUCGAGAUGGAGUGAAGGUUGAAGAAUCGGGUGCUAGAGCGUGUUUUGCAGCAAUAGAGGAGAAACUUGGGACAGGGUCUCCUCUUGAGAAAGGAACGGAUUCUGGAUAAUCGAUGAUU